AUGUACACGUUUCAAAGGAAAAUGGUGGCUUCCAGCAGCAGCAGUGAUUAUGAUCACUAUUAUUCUUCCAUUUCUUUUGAAGAGGACUCUAGGCCUUCUGCGGCCAAAGCUCGAGCUAGGAAAAAUCAUGCUGAAGGAACGAAGCAUAGUGCGCCUCUUGAUUACAGGAGAGUCACUUAUGACGAGCUCAUGAAGAGAAAAGCCGAGGAUGACAGGUUGGAUGAUCAUCGACGUAGAAGAGACCGAGUCCAGCGCAGAUUGCUAGCAGCUAAGGAAAAACUUCGAUUCCGAGCUGACGGUGUACCCUCAGACUCUGAUGCUUCGGAAGAUGAGCCCGUGUGGGUGUCACGGGAUCGCAAGAUUAAGCCAGAUCGGUGCACCAGGGAGAUUGAGAAAUUGGUCAAAGCUGACCUCGAAGCUGAGCGUAAAGAAGAAGAGUACUUGGACUCAUUAUACAUCGAUCCUGAGAUUCAUCCAGAUUUGGUCAACAUCCCUGAUAGUAACUCUGAAGAAGAAGACGAGGAUUCUUCGGAAGAUGAUGAUGGUGACAGAUCUGAUGAUUCUGAAGAAUCUGACGCAUCUGAUGAUUAG